UUAAGAACCCUCUUAAGUAGUCACGCCCUCUCUUGCAUGACUCCACCAAAUCCAAAGGAGAGGAAUUGGGUUAUGUACUACUACGCUUCACUCUCUGUUUGUUUACAAAGUUUCCUCAAUUGGGUUCUCUUCAUUUUCUUCUCUUCACUCUUCUAUCUUUCCUCAACCUUGAAAGCUAAGGUAAUGCAGAGCAAAAGCUGUGUGUAGACAGAGAGAGUCUUGUUAAUAUAUGUUUACGUAUUGAAAUAUAUUGAAUCUGAGAAAGGGUAAGAGUUUUUGGAGGAUAAUGGAACUUACAGAGCUCUCCUUGGCUCCAACUCAGUUUGUUGUUGAAAAAAGCGUGAAUAGUUCAUCUUCAGAAUCUGAAAACAACUUUUCCAGUUCCAGUAGCAGCAGGAAAAGGAAAUACUUAUCAGAAUCUGUUGAUCUUCAUGUUAAAGACCCUCUUCCUCUGGAUUGGGAGCAAUGCCUUGAUCUUGAUUCAGGUAAAAUGUAUUAUCUGAACAGGAAGACAUUGAGAAAGAGUUGGAAUUGGCCCAAGGUGGAUCAAAAGCUAGAUCUUGAACUCAACAUUUCACCACUCUCUGAUUGCCCUGAUCAUCAUCAAUGCAGAAGCUCUAAUAAUUCAUCACUUGAAGAUUACUCAAAGAAGCUUCAUGCUUCAUUAUCAAGCUGCAGCAACAAUAGUAUGGUAGCAUUGGCUUGCUUGAAUUGCCAUCUUCUUGUCAUACUCUCAAGAUCCUCUCCUUCUUGCCCCAACUGCAAGUAUGUCCAUUCCCUUCCUACCCAUCAAGCUCCUCCACAGCCUAAAAUGUCUCCUACAAAGUCCCUCAGCACCUUAAGCCUCUUGAAAUAGACAUGCAUGAAAUAGAAAAUAGAGAGAGAGAAAUUAAGGAGUGGGAUAAGAUGAUGCAUAGAUAUGAUCUUCAUGACCCUUAUGAUAUAUAAAUCAAAUUAAGCUACUAUGCCAUGUUCCCUUUUUUCGAUGUUUGAUGAUCAAAAAGAGUACAUAAAGAAUCUAUGGAAAGCUUUUUCUGUAA